AUGUCAGAGAACCUAACUAUCAAAGUUGGUGUAAUACUCGUGGACAAAAUGUCAGAACCCUUCGAUCUUCCCCGGAUCGGACCAGCGUUGUCUAUCGCCUUUGAAAGAAUCCAACGCGAUUUCGGAAUCCGGUUUGAGCCUUUUUACAGGAACCACACCGGUGUAUGCCCUUGGGAGCCGCCCCUUGGGAUCCUUGCGGAACUGUACUAUAUUAACAAAAUUCAGGCGGUGAUCGGACCGGCGUGUUCCCAGGGAGUUGAGUCCGCCGGACGCCUGGCGCACUACCUCGGGUUGCCCAUGGUGACCGGCUUGGGUGAUCUAACUCUCCGCUCGUAUCCGAAUGACAUGUUUAAAACUCUGACGAAACUUUCCUACAACAUCAGGAAAAUGUCAUACUCCAUGUCGGCCGUGAUGUCCGAGUACAGUUGGCGCCAUUCCGCCAUCAUCUACGACGAAGCGUACAUCUUAUGGCGCGUGAUCGGCGAGAAUCUCGUUCUGGACUUUCGCGAAGUUCCGAUUCUUGAACGACCAUACGACAUCCCAUUUACGCUCUCCCCGGGGUUCGACUUUAAGAAAAUACUGAUGGAGGCGCAGAGAAACGCACGUGUUUUUAUUCUCAUCUGCUAUGCCGAGACUUUCCGCGAGAUGAUGUACGCGGCUUAUGAGCUGGGAAUGACGUCAGGUGAUUACGUAUUCAUUACGCUCGAACUUUUCCCAAGCGAGUGGAUGGGGUUCUAUCAGCAAUUUUUGAGAGGUGACAGCAAAGAUGACGCUGUCACGAUGGCGUAUCGGUCCGUUCUGAUCGUGACCUUGACCCAGCCUGACCUUAAUGACUCGGAUCUCGUGACCUUCUCGGAAGAGGUCAAACGAAGGGCGAAAAUACAGUACGGAUAUGUAUUUGGGCCGGACGAGCACGUAAAUUACUUUAUCACGGCGUUCUACGACAGCGCCCUCUAUCUAGCAAACGUCUACAACAUUACGUUGAGCGAGGGUGGUGACGUCACUAACGGACAUGUCGUCUCCCAGAGACUGUGGAACAGUUCGUUCCAGGGUCUCACGGGAUCAGUGGCUGUUGACGAGAUCGGCGAGCGCGUGGCAGACUUCGAUGUGCUACAUAUGGUGGCGGAAGAGUCACUGACAUUUAAGAUGGUGGGGCGAUUCCUGGGUGCCACACUCCGAUACACGAUAGUUCGCAAGAUUAACUGGGUCAAUGGCCAACCACGCGACGUCCCGGUCUGCGGCUUCGUGGGAGACCUCUGCGUUGUCAAGGAUGACGAAGACCUUUUGGGAGUCAUGGUGACGACACCAAUAGCAGUGGUAACCAUGGUGAUAAUGGCCGUCGUUCUACUAUUGUACAGGCGUAUGAAGCGGCGGCACGCAAUUGAGCGCCGGAUGUGGCAAGUAUCGAUCAGCGAGAUCGUCGUGCAGCGUCACAUGACCGGAAGUUACUUUGGCUCCAAGAUGUCGGCCUUCACGAUUCCGUCGAUGAACAAGAGCGAUGAAGGGCAUCGGAUGUACAUCGAGAUUGGCUACUGCCGCGGUCAGAAGGUCGCUAUCCGCACCCUGCACGCCAAGUCGCUCGUCGUCACGGAGAAACUGCAGCGGGAACUCUAUGACAUGUAUAGAACGUCACACCAAAAUGUCGCCAAAUUCGUCGGCGCAUGCAUGAUAGCCGAUGGUUGUCGUGUGCUCAUGGAAUAUUGUGCGCGUGGCAGUCUACAGGACAUCUUGCAGAACGACAGCAUCGACCUUGACUGGCACUUCCGGUACUCCCUCAUAAACGACAUCAUUAAGGGUAUGGUGUACCUGCACGCCAGUCCUCUACACGUGCACGGGAGGCUCACGAGCACGAACUGCGUCAUCGACAGCCGUUUCCUACUCAAGAUAACCGAUUACGGACUGCCGGCGGUGUUCGCCGGCGAACGGGAGAAGGAAGGCGAACUCAAUGCCGACGUCGUGUUUAACAAGUUAAUGUGGACAGCCCCUGAACUAUUACGUGACAUGACGUCAUCAUUUGCCGUGCGACAGUCCCAGACUGGUGACUUGUAUUCAUUCGGCAUUAUUCUGCACGAGAUUGUCACGCGUGAAGCGCCUUGGGACGACACCGGAUAUACCAAAAUGGAAAUAGUUAAACAGCUGAUAGAGAGGCGUGACGGAGUGUUCCGACCGACGUCAUCACCGGAAACUGAGUGCCCGUUUGAACUGCGCAUGCUCAUGGAGCAGUGCUGGUGUGAGGAUCCAGAUUUGCGACCUAACUUCUCCAUCAUCGAUCACAAGUUCCGCAAAAUCAGAGCAGGCAAGUCUGGCAACCUCCUGGACAACCUGCUUGAGCGGAUGUCGCAGUACGCGGACAAUCUCGAGGCGCUCGCAGCCGAACGCACCAAGCAGUACGUCGAGGAGAAGAAUCGCGCAGAGGAACUGCUGCUUCGUCUGCUACCGAGAUCCGUUGCUCGUCAGCUGCAGAGCGGAAACGUCGUUAUACCGGAGAUGUACCAGUGCGCAACCGUGUACUUCAGCGACAUCGUCGGCUUCACUACCCUCGCCGCUAUGAGUACGCCUAUUCAGGUUGUGAACUUACUGAACGAUUUGUUUACACUCUUCGACCAGACAAUAGACUCGUAUGAUGUCUACAAGGUGGAAACCAUAGGAGACGCAUACAUGGUGGUCUCGGGACUUCCGGAACGUAACGGGGAUGCGCACGUGACUGAGAUUUCCGGCAUGGCGCUGGACAUGAUGAAGAUAAUCAAGAACUUCACCGUCCGACAUCGCCCCGACCAUCAGAUGAAAAUCCGAGCGGGCAUUCAUUCGGGUCCCGUGGUGGCAGGGGUGGUGGGUAACAAGAUGCCGCGAUACUGUCUAUUCGGGGACACCGUCAACACAGCGUCACGUAUGGAGUCCACGUCAGAACCGCUGCGCGUGCAACUGACAGAGGCGACGAAGAUACUUCUGGACGGUCAUCCGGACUUCAUCACCAGCGUACGAGGCGUUCUCGAGAUCAAGGGUAAAGGUCAAAUGGUGACGUAUUGGCUUGAAGGUAUGACGGGAUCACGGAUGAAACCAUUAGUCGCGCUUCCUUAAAGAAUUGGGCGGGACACUGAGGCUUUUAUCAAUGUUUUAUUAUUUGUUAUGCAUAGUCACGGUGUUAUUGUGCGUCAGUCUGUUGUCGACAAUCAAUUUGUGACAAAUUGUCAUUAAUUCCGGGCACGUUGGACCUCGGUUACGUACCUUGUUGAUUCAUGAACACUGGACUCUCAAUCUGCCUUCAAGUGUGCAAGCUUCAAAACAAGGCGAUUAAAGUGGCUCUAUUGAACAUAAUGAUUAGCAAAUAUAUUUCAAUAACCUUUAAGUUAAUAGGUCUCUGGUAUAAAAUAGAGCUUCGUGACUAAAUAUACCCCGAACGCAGCAGACACGCCCAUGGCAUACACCAUAGUCCAAGGGCACAUAACUAAGACUUACAUGUAUCACUGCAUGUUAAGUAUAAGUAUGCGUCUUGCAAAUCUGCCCUGCAUGUUGAUGAAAUGAUAUAUUUUAAGUUUCAAUUUAAUUGCUAGAGAAAAUUGGGAAUAGCUCGCUUACUAACUUAA